AGAUGCCCUGCUUUAUAACAUGUAGCCUCACAGUAAGCCCAAGGUGCUUAGCGUAAAAAUGCGGGUGACAAGUUUUUUCUCUUUCUGCCUCCGCCCUCCUGAUGACACGGUGUCGGUCGCAUUGUCUCAAAAAGACGAAGUCGUUGCAAGCGCGCCAGGUCCUGCUAGCAUCGCACCUGGUACUGCUUAUGAGACACGGGCGGCUCUCCCAACAUCCCAUGACGCGGACUGCUGCGCUCGCACGGAGCCUUUUUUGACAUUGCCGACUAGAGAAGCUCUUCAGCGCGGCAGCAGGUCAAAUGUUAUUUACUCCACGGCUGAUGAGCUCGUAAAAGACGUGCAAGACCUUCGGUGGCUGGGGCAAGGCGCCCAAGGAGUGGUGUACGAGGGCAUUUGGCAGGGUGCAACGGUCGCGGUCAAAUUCAGUAUCGUGGAGGACCUAGACACGACCGCCUAUGAGCUGCUCUUCUCCCGCCUGCUGUCGCAUCCCAAUGUGGUGCAAACGUACGUCGCAAAGGUCGCCGUACUGGACGAGAAAACCAUCCACCCGCAACAACACCGCCCCAACGACCUCUCCAGCUCCCCCCUAUCUCGAUCCCCCUUCCUUUACCACCACCACUCCUCGAGCCACCACCACAGCCACCACCACAACCACCCAGCGACAGCGGCAGCGACAGCAGCCCACCCGCCCCUCCGCUCCGCUGCAAUCAGUGUUCCAGGCGCACAACCUAUCACUACCUCCCAAUCCUUUAACGCAAGCGCUGCUGCCAGCGCCGCCUCGGCCGCGCUUUGCCGCCCCUCGGCACCCAUCCUAGCAGCGGCAGCAGGCGCCGCCACCGCCGCAGGCGGCGGCAGCACCCCCCGUGUCCUCUCCCUGGGUGGCGGCUCCAUCCCCACCGCCCGAGGCAGCAGGCGACGUAGCACGGGCAACGGCGGCGCCUCCGGCGCCUCCGUUAACGGCUUCCCCUCCUCCACUGCGGGCUUUGGUGGCAGCGGUGCGCUGCUGGGUCCGUUGCCGAGCUGCGGGAGUCCGAGUCAGCAAAUGGCUGGGAGGACGGAUUCCUUCCAAAGCGAUGAUGGUUUCGGAGAUCCGUUUGGGCGGCGGAGCACUUUCACGGAUGUGCGGGCGGUGUUGGCGAGCAUGGGAGCUAAGCCAGGGCACUUCAUUACGCAGAUGGUGAUGGAGCACUGCGACCAUGGCUCGCUGCAUGCCGCCAUCCAGCGGGGCAUCUUCAAACCCAACAGCCGCUGGGGGCCCAAGUUGGCGCUGCGAGCGCUCAUCCGCACGGUGCGUGAGGUGGCGCAGGGCAUGUUCCACCUGCACUCCAACAAUGUCCUGCACGGCGACCUCAAGCCUGCCAACGUGCUGCUGAUCAACAGUCGGAAGGACCGGCGCGGCUACAUCGCAAAGGUCUCCGACUUCGGCCUCGCGCAGUUCUGCAACAAGGACCAAGACCACAUUUCCAACGCGCCCUGGGGCACGCUUGUCUACAUGGCUCCUGAGCGGUUGCUGCACGGGCAACUCUUCCCCGCUUCAGACGUCUUCAGCUUCGGAGUCAUGCUAUGGGAGAUGUACCACGGCCAGCGGCCCUACGAGGGGCUGCACGCGGCUCAGAUUGUGAUGGCGUGUGCGCAGGGGGUGUCGCACCUCACAUGGGCACCGGACGCGUGUGAGGAGCUGGUGCGCAUCAGCCGCGCCUGUCUGGCUGCCUCCCCGCACGAGCGGCCCAGCUUCGAGCAGCUGAUGCAGCAGCUGGCCCUGCUGGAGGCGCGCGUGCGGCUGGAGGGGCCGCGCAUCAGCACCAGCGUGGAGGUAGCAGCGGCGAGCAGCUGCAGGCAACCAUCCAGCCGACUGAGUGUUGAUGCGACUCCGCUGCGAAGGGCCACCACGGCCACCGGUGCCACGUCCGCAGCAGCAGCCUCCACAGCACCCGGCGGCCAUCACCAUCCGCAACCCCAGCAGCAGCCGCGCUCGCUGCAAUCGCCGCAACAGCCGCUGCUACAGCAACAACGACAACAGCGGUCCUCUCUGGAGUGCUACCGGAACCUACCUGGUUUCGGUAGUGCGGCGACUACGCGACAGCAGCAACAGCAGCAGGGGGCGCAGGUGGUGGCAUCCGCAAAAGGCCCAUGCAGGCGUUCGCAAACCCUCCCCCAGCUACCCUACGCUCAGCACAGCUCCCGUCCCCAGCCCCAACCGUCCCAACCACCACCCUGGGCCAACCAGCACCAGGAGCACCUCCCCGAGUGUGAAACCGGGAUGCCUGCAGUGACAGCCGCUGGUGCUGCCGCAGCUGCGACGAAGGCACAGACGCAGACGCCAGCUGCUGCUGCGGCUGCGGCUGCUACCGUUACUGCUGCUGCUGCUUGUAACGAAGGCAAGGGGUCGGCGGGUAACUUCUUAGACCGGCCCGCCAGUUGCCGUGAGCAGCAGCAGCAGGCGUCCUCAGCGGCUGCCCUAGCGGCUGCGGCGGAGUUGGCGGUGGCGGGUUGCUUCAGCUGUAACAGCGUGGCAGGCACCCGGGAGAGCAGCGCGUUUUCUAUUGUGACUUCCUUUGCUGACCAACAGCCCCUAUCCCAGCCCCAGCAAGCGCAUCUGCAUCAGCGGGAGCAUCAGGAGCAAGGGCCGCGACAGCAGCUGCGGCAGCGCGAGGAGGUUGGCAGCGCUGCGGCAACUGAACCCGCGAUUGCGGCACAUCUUGGGUCGCAACAUCAGCUGCAUCGGGAGCCACAGACGCAGCCACAGCAGCAGCCGCAGCGGCAGGAUGACAGGGAUUCAAUGCAGGAACAGCAGGAGAACGGUGGACGGGUCGCAGAGGAGGGGGCCAGCGGCACUCCGUCCGUUGUUGCUGGUGUUGUUGCGCUGGCUUCUCCCGAGGCGGGAACGCAACAGCAGCAGCAUCCGUCCUGCACUCAGGACCAGCAGCGGGAGGAGCAGCAGCAGGGUGGGGUGCAGCGGCAGGAGGGGUACCGGAAGCAGCAGCAGCAAUCGAAGGACGACUUGCAGCAGCCGCAGCAGGCGGAGGGGGAGGAACGCAGCGAGGGGCAGCUUUAUGGCACGAUGGCCGAGGAGGGAACGAAGCCGCCGCAUGCAGCGCCGUUGACUACCAGUGUGCCACGCCUGAGCGGAGGUAGCAGCGCUGGAGGCAGCGACAACAACAGCACCUGUGGGGAUGGGUCCGUCGGGGGCGGCGAAGGAGGGGAAUUCCGCGUGGCGCCAGGGCUGGAAGAGCUGCAAGACGAGGAGCUUGCCGCCGGGACGAUUCAGCAGCAGCAGCAGCAGCUACAGCAGCAGCAACCCCGUGCUUGGCGCGUCAUCUCAAACCGCUGUGAAGAUGAUGGGGUGUUGGAUCAUCAUCAGCAUCAUCAUCGUUGUCGUCACCCUCAUCCGGAAGCGACUGACCCCGCAGCAGCAGCAGCAGCAGCAGCAGCCGGGCGCAGCAGCCGGCCGGCGACCUCACCUGGUGUCGAAGAGGGAGAAGAAGGAGAAGGAGAAGAAGAGGGCUCCCAAGGCACUUGCAGCAGUCCGCCCUGCACCAACAACAGUGGCAGCCACCGGAGCAACAAGGACAGCGGCUUUGACAACACCAGCAGCACCAGCUGCCUGGUCGUUAACUCUGAGGGCGCUAAUGCUUGCUACUCUUCCUUCGCCACUGCUGCUGCCCCAAAACCGCAUUUCCUACAGCAGCAGCAGCAGCAGCAACCCUCUCCACAGCCGCCGCAGCAGCAGCAGACCCUCCUGCCGGCAUUGCUGCCGUUGCGAUUGAGCGUCGGCGGCGGCAGCGGCAGCAGCAACAGCAGCAUCUGCGACGGGGGGCGUUGCAACAGUAGCAGCCGCAACUGCUUUGGUUGCGACAAUAACAACAACAACAACAACAGCGGAAGCCGGAUCCUGCUCCCCGUGAGCGACUAUGACUGUGGUAUCCUGGAUGAGGAAGCCGAGGUCGUGAGUCCCAGGGUGGCUGCCUCGCCUAGGGGUAUUUGGGGUUCUGGAAUUGCAGCGUCCGCCUCCUCCUUCAUCGUUGGCAGUCCGGGGAACGCCGUCAACUCACCCGUCCUGGGCUCGGCAGGCAGCAGCGCUAAUCCCUCUGCGACGCUGCCGUGGCUAAGCUCCGCAGCUGCCGGGGCCCAGCCUCAACCCCAACAGCUGCCGCAAUCCCCAACCCAGUUCACCCGACAACAACAACCACAGCAGCAGCAACCGCAAUCCCAGCAGCGCGCAGUUUGCGGUCAGGUCAUCAGCAGCGCCCCUCAGCAGCAGCUACAACACCACCUUCACCUUCCGCACCCCCACCCCCACCAGCAACAGCAGCACCCGAACCAGCACCCCAACCCAGCGCUUCUAAACCUCCACAUGCAACUGCAGCUGCAGUUCCCCGGCUUGGGAGGCGGCGCGGGUGCGGCUGCGGGUGGAAGCGGUCUCCGCCGCAGUGGCAGCGGGCACCACUCCCCUGCGCCCCGCCGCAGCAGCACCAGCCGACUGCUCAGGGAGUGUCCCACCAUCAAGGAGGAGCCCAACUCGUGAUGGGGUACGGCAGGCGGCUCCCAUGCGGCCCACGCAAGUAAGGCCCACGCAGGUAAGAUUGACUGGUUGGGGAGGAGCCGGGUUGUAAUGCCUGUGAUGCGGCCAUACAAGGAGGUGCACGUUGUGGUGUUCAGGCCGGUCAUAGGGGAGCGGUGGUGGGUGUGGUGGCGCGUUGGUGGUUAGUUGCUUGUCGGACUCGGCGCAGCUGCCUUGUUGUGUGGGGGGGGGAGCGGGGUGUGAUGAAGCUGGUGGCUUUUGAUUCGUGGUUUAUUAUUAGGCGAACAGUAAUAAUAUGGUUAACUAGGCGAACGGCAAUGUAUGGACGGAGGGGAAUGCUGCGGGGAAGUGUGGAUGCUAGAAGUGUGGUUCCAGCAUCCCAGGUGUAACCCAGGACCCAGAGGCGGAGAAGUGGUGGCCCUGUGUCAUUUAGUAAACAUGCGGCAUGCUAACUAGUAUUUACUGCGCGAACAGAGCGAGCAAUAGUUGGCGCCAAGCGUUCAGGUGUUGGUCGUGUGGGUUUGUGAUGGUCCGGGGCAAUUGGUGGCGGGCGAGGAAGCAAGGGGAACGGCGGAGGGGUUUCGAGAUUACGUAGCCGCGCAGUUCAUCAGCCGCGGCGUGCUUUGCCCCUGGUGCCGGGUUGGGGAGCAUGGAAGACACACCGCUGGGGUGUGUGGAUGAUGAGGUAGGAGAUGGGGCUUUCCGCGCUAACAGCGCAGUGCUGUUACGUAUAACGGCACAGCAUCAGCUACAGCAUUUCCGAUAGCCCAAUAGUUAAGUCAUUCGGCUCCGUGGGUGUCAGGUUCACCGUAGGUGGCGCCUGGAAGCGAGGGCCCAGGGUUGUGUAUAGCGGCUCGUUAGUCAGGCAAUGAUGCUACGGCAGUAACCUUCAUUGACGCCCGCUGCCGUCAAUUAGGGGCGCUUUUCAGGGGGCAUGGAAGAGGUAAUGUAGAGGCAAUCAGGAGCGGGGGUGUGGGAGAGGGAGAAGUAGCCAGAACUGUUACUGCUGCGUGGGGUUAAUCACCCUCUUUGUUCUUGGGUAGAAUUGUGGGAGAGGUUUGGCGGUCCGAACGCAGGAGCAGUCCGCUCAAAGGCUGCUUGGUUGGCUGCUGCGGUGUCAUGCGGCACAUAAGAACUGUUAGGACCUGUCGCUCGCUCGAACAGACGAACAGACGGAUGACGGGGGACGAGGCGUUUUGUCAGUUGCUUAUUUCGAUCGCGGAUCUCGAUUGCGAAUCUUGACUUAAGAGCCGUUUGGGCGCUCUUGCGUGUGGAUCUACCGCCGGCUUGUUCCGGCUGCGUGUGUUGUCCUAGCUGCGUGUGCGCACGCACGUGUCACGGGGUAUCCUAGCUUGUGGGGUUCCGUAGGUCAGUUAACACAGAGAUGAAAUAGGUCCUGGACGUCAGGCCAGGGUCAAGUGCAGCUACAAGUUCAUUUCUUGCAUGGAUAGUGACGUUUACUGACCGGGCUUGCAUUAGGAUCGAUAGACACCUGCACAUUUCAUGCGAGCUGGCCGGCCAAGCUGGCUGGUUGGGUUUGGCGCGGCAGGGUUCUGGUAAUGUUGCAAUUCGUGCGUGAAGCAAAAGUGUUAAGGAGAGAGAAUGAUGACGUAACCAUGUUUGAGUACGGUAUGUGCGGUAAGGUUUUGCGGACAUGAGUGCUUUUGGUUGUUUGCGCCCUGCUACCAUGUUUGUUAACGCGGGCCUUAUGAGGUUUUAUGGGGAUGACGGAGGGGCUCUGUCUACCUAUCCCUUCUAAUGUUGAAGACGUGCCAAGUUGCAAUGCGUGAUAAGUUUGAAUGCGUAAAGCUAAGGGUGUAUGUCGGGUGUGACAGCGGGUUGCUUGUAGGAGCGAUGCGUGUUUGCUGCAUGUGGGCAAGGUUGACUGGGGCGGUCAACGCAUGCUUUGUACGACAUGUUUUCUGGUGGGGCUUAUUACCUUCGGUUGCCAUGGUCAGUCCGCUGCACGCAAAAGAGCGGCCCACCGGAUCUGUCCAAGCUUUUUCGCGCUACGGCCCAUUUUGGUUAAGUGCCAAGCUAUCCUCUUUUGCUUUCAACUGGAAGUCACAUGGUGAUUAGCAGUGGGUGUAUGGCUUUAUCGUGCUUCCAACUGUUUAAUCUGUUUUCGUUUCGGGCGGUGCAGGCAGUACCGUCCGUACUUCUGAGAGAAAGCCGGCGUGCAUUCGAAGAUUGGCGCCUUGAUGGAUAAGGCGCAUAGAGUAAAGGCAUGACGAUAUUCGGAGAAUGCUGAGAGUUGUUUCCUGGCGAGUUACGCGCAUUAAAUGUUGCAGCAUGCCUGCACUGGGGAGGAUGGCCGCUGAGUAGUCGGGCCUGAAGUGGGGUUGGGUGCAUGGCGUUUUAGCCGCAUGGUUUUACAUCCGAAGGCUCUGACUCUUCAGAAUCAGUUGUAUUGUUUCGCCCCACCUUGCGCUUCGGGGCAGUGGCGUGGGGCGGGUUAGUUUGAGGUGGCUGGCUGGGCCAAGCAGUUCGACGCGUUGCAAUGUGCUUCAGAAUGACAGAAUUGGUUUACCGGUACGACAAGUGGGAGUCUUCAAGCUGUACGACAAGUGGGAGUCCCGAAGCUGUACUCGUAAAGUGUUGUUCAUUUUAGGCCCAUGUCAGGAGGGUUGAGCGCAAUUCUUUGGAGCAAUUAGAUUCGUGUUGUUGCUGAGUUGUGUCGUGAGGAGUUUUGAUGAGCGCAAACCAUUGGAGCGAUAGAGCCGGGAGAGAUGCGUGUCUAGUUCCUGUCGGGGAGGGUUUUCGGGUGCGUCGCUAAUUCACACUGCUGCCGACGCUGAUGUUGUUGCCAAGCAUGGUUGCAAGGAUCUAUGUGCUUGAUGGGAGACUGGCCCACUGCAGGGGCAAUAAUUCCACUGCAAUAAUGCGGUCGCCUCCAUGUCUCCGGAGUUCCGUGCUGGCCUGCAGUGACACAUGGUACUGCGGCGACAUGCCACGGAGCUGGUGGCAGGGUUGGAGUACAAGCAGGCUUUUUAUCACCUUUAAUAAUGUGUUCAUGUCGGUUUGCCAGUCUAGCCCAUGUGAUUACCCCGUUUCGUGCCCCGUGAC